AUUCAAUUUACUGACAUCGUGCCACAGCCCGAGCGUGGCGUCGUCAAAGUUGGGUGUUGUCGUUUAUUACGUGUUCGUCUCGAUAGUUUAUUAAUGUUAGAUUAAAAUAAGUGUGAUAAUGCGGUGCGGCGUGAAAAUAUUUUUGACAAUUAGCGUGCUGGUGAUCUGUCAACUUUUAAAAUCAUGCGACGGACAAAAUUUGAACAACACUGCGGCGUGGUGUACGACAUCCGAUGCGGAACAGCGAAAAUGCGAAGCAUUUUCUAAGGCGAUAGAUUCGAAGAUUUCGUCCUUUGGAUUCAACUAUAUUUCAUUGACAUGCAAGCAGGCAUUCAACAAAGAGGACUGUAUGACGAUGCUGGACAAAGAAGAGGCCCACCUCACUACAUUGGAUGCGGGGGAAGUCUUUAUCGCAGGGAGAUAUCACAGUCUUUUACCAAUAAUGCAAGAAAUCUUGGACAGCGGAUUGAAUUAUCAAUACGCAGUUGCGGUUGUCAGAAAAGGGACACUUCCCGAUGUUUUGACCCUCAACGAUCUCAGGGGAAAAAAAGCCUGCUUCGCAGGAGUCGGAACUCAAGCUGGAUGGAUCAUACCAAUUCAGACGCUCAUGUUGGAAGGUGGAAUGAAAGUAAUCGAUUGUAAUAAUCAUGUAAAGUCAACGAUAAACUACUUUGGACCGAGUUGUGCAGUUAAUUCGUUAGUCGACAAGUAUAAUCCUUUGGGUGACAAUUCUCAUCAGUUGUGUAAACUCUGUAUUGGAAAAAUUCCUGGCGGAAGAUGUACCAGUGCAGAUCCGUACGCGGGAUACGAAGGGGCCUUCAGAUGCUUAGUUGAGGCUGGUGAAAUUGCUUUUCUCGUGCACAACACGGUUCACGAGAUGACAUCGACGAAUUUCGAUUUGAAUUCGGUCAGCAAGGAUCAAUUCGAGUUGUUGUGUCGUGACGGAGCCCGAAGGCCAGUGGAUGAUUAUCGCAGCUGUAAUUGGGGAAAUGUACCAUCCAGGGCAAUCGUUACUUCGUCAGCGACGAAUGCUGAAACCCGAAGAUUGUAUCAACGAUUUUUGGGAAAAGCCAGUCGCGAAUUUCUUGUCAUUGAUCCGAAUUCGAAUUCAACGAAUACCAACGAUAAUCGUUUUGGAAAUCAGGACGCUUUUGGGAACAGGCCUACCUUCGACAACCGCCAGGACUAUGAGAAUCGAUUCGAUAACCGAAACUACAACGGCAGCAUCAAUGGAAACAGAAAUUAUAACAGAGACGGAUCGGAUAGGAGCUUUGAGAAUGGAAAUAACAACGGACUCUAUUCUUGGGAUCGUCCUGGUAUAACGUACACGGAUUCGGGCAACCCUUCGGAGGUCUUGCCUAUCGAGAGCUUUAACUUGUUCGAAUCAGCGCCAAGAUAUGGAAACCGUCACAAUCUGCUGUUCUCUGAUUCUGCCCGAGACUUUGUCCCUCUGGCCGAGAAAGAUCAAAAUCAUCCGGGCUACCUGGGAAGAUCGCUGGACGCCAUUCUAGCCGUUAGACAGUGCCCGGUGAACAGGAUGACUUUGUGCGUUACAUCUGAGCCUGAAUUGGACAAGUGUGUUAAAAUGAGGACUGCUCUGAAAGCUCAGCUACUGAAACCAGAAAUGGUCUGUUACAAAGGCCACAGCCAAAUCCAUUGCAUGCAGGCCAUACAGAAUGGUAAUGCCGACGUGGCAGUGUUCGACGCUAGCGACGUGUACACGGCAGGGUUACGUUUCGGGCUUGUCCCUUUCAUCUCUGAAGUCUACAACCUGGGAAGCCCCGAGUAUUACGUUGUCGCUGUAGCCAAGGAGGAAGACCCGAGCACAGAUUUGACCUACUUGAAGAACAAGUACACCUGUCACACGGGCAUAAAUACCGCGGCAGGUUGGGUCUAUCCCCUGGCGUAUUUGAUCUCGAACGGAUGGAUCAGAGGUUAUGGAUGCGACUCGGUCCGCGCCGCCGCCGAGUAUUUCACGAAAUCCUGCGUCCCCGGUGCCCUGAGCACGGAAUACAACACCGGUGUCCCCUACGACAACAUGUGCGACCUGUGCCACGGCGUAAGUUACAGAUACUGCAGACGAGAUGCCUCCGAAGACUAUUACGGGUACACCGGAGCCUUCAGGUGCUUGGUCGAAGGCGGAGGUGACGUAGCCUUUGUGAAGCACACGACCGUCGCGGAGAACACAGACGGUAAGCGAAGGUCCUUUUGGGCCCGCAACACGUUUACCAAAGAUUUCGAGCUCCUCUGCCCGGACGGGACGCGUCGUCCCACCUCGGAUUACAUGCGUUGCAAUUUGGGAAAAGUCGCCGCCAACGCGAUCGUCACUCGCGGCGGUUAUUACGGGUACAACGAGACCGAGAUUAACGCGUACAUCAAUCUAUUCGUCUACGCUCAGCAGUAUUACGGCAGAAAAGAUCAGGACGAGUUCAGUUUCAGCAUGUUUUACAGCGCACCGCCCUUCAGCGAUCUGAUAUUCCAAGACGCCGCGCAGCAGCUGGUCGUUAUUCCCCCGGAGAAACGGCAAUUCAGCGCCUACUUGGGCUCAGAUUUUAUGAGGGCGAGGAGAAUCGUCGAUUGUAACGCGGGCGCCGGGGCCAUUCGAUACUCUAUAGUCGGAACGAUUGUUAUGCGAAUUUUGGCUUGGAUUUUCAGCGGGUAGAAGUCACCCGCAUCUGACUCACAAUGUCAUUUUACAUACAAGUGUUCAAACUUACCGAUAAGAAAUUAUUUUUAAGGAGCCUAAGCUAGUAACGUUCCAAACGUUAUUGUUUCCACAUCUGAACAUGAUCUGAAAAGCUGGCAGCUUAUUUAUAGGAUAGAUUUUUUAGACUAAACUUUCAGUUAACGUUGUUCCAUUAGGACCAAAAUAUAAAUUCAGUUUUACUGAAGUAU